GUUUUGUACAGUUUCCGGAGGAUAAUUGAACUCCUUGAUAACCAGCUCAAUUGAAAAUUCAAAGGAUUCCGGGUUCAUUUCCCGGCCGCGGAACCCUUUCUUAUGAGAAAGAUGAUGAUGAUUGCCAUCAAUUUCUAUGAUAAUGCCUUCCCUAACUGCAAUUCGUUGCUCGUUAUAUGAUAGUAUAUUCCUAUCUUCUUGAUUUAGCACCUCCGAUUACGAACAAAACCCACGAACAAUGAGUUUAUCUUCUUGGUUUCGACGAAGACUUUUGAGGGAAAACGGCCAGUUUACCAGAGCUUCCAUUCCUUUACAACAAUCCCAUCAUGAGAAAGAAGAGCAAUUCCUCGGAGUCACUGACAGAUUGAUCGAAUUUGUCAAGUCCUUCACUUUCGACACCUUCAAGAACUUUCCUCUUCUGGAUGAAGGGGAAGCAGCUCAUGGUGAUGAGAAUCUCUCGGAUUGGCAGGAGCGACAUGCAGUUCUUGUGCUGUCAAAAGUCAAGGAAAUUUCCCAACUAAGAUAUAAACUUUGCCCUGGACACUUGAAGGAACAACAAUUCUGGAAAAUAUACUUUGCCCUUGUUAAGAGCCUUGUGUUUGAAUAUGAACUGCGUGCAAUUCAACUUGAUAAACUUAAGCGGAUGGCUUUAAGGAAUGAGCAACCUUCCAACAACACUCCAUAUGAAGUUGAAAUGUCGGAGACGAAUACUGCAUGUCAUGUAACUUCUGUAUGUCCAACAUCUCCAUAGAACCCCCAAAGCCUGCAUCUACAUUUUGGAAUCUCAUUCUUAACGAGGUUAACCCUGCUGGAAAUCAAAUUUUUUCCCUCUAACUUGUUCCCAUGCUCAUAGUUUUAUAAGGAUGCUUUUGCAGUUGUACAACCUAUUCCAAGUAAGUUCACCAAAACAGAAAGCAUCAUUACUCUACAUAAAAGGGGAAUAUUAAGUCUCGCUGCUUAGAAGUUGAAAAUUUGUAGAGGAUUGCUAUCACAUAUAGUAGGAUAGAUAGUUUGGAAGAAUCUGAGUAUGUGAAUGCAUGAUUUAAAGGUCUUAUCAGUGAUUAUUUUACACAAUCUGAGUGCUAAGAAUCUGUUCAAGUUUUGUUCUGUUAUCCGGGACUUGGAGCAUUUAAUGUGUAACGAAAAUGACAACUCUUUCUCCAUUGAAAA